CUUAACUUGCAAGAUUCUGAUGUGUGCAUGGUUAAAAAACAUUUCACAAUGCAUCGCAGGCAGUUUGAAGCUGACUGGGAACGAAGGAAGAAAUAUCUGCUUCGAUCUAUGUUUGCGGAUCCACCUGUUUUAUCACCUAUACCUGAAAUUCGAGAAUCUCGGUCAAGAUCUCUGUCACCAAGACCUGUGGUAACAGUCAGUUCUGCAAAUAGAGCCAGCCCGUUACCCGAACUCAUUGUAGAACGUGUAAGGAGCAAUGAAAAUCUUGAAGUGACUGAACAUGAUGAAUUUGGACAAAUGGGUAAUAAACCAGAAGAUGAUGUUGAUAAAGAGAAUGAAAAUAAAAUAAGUGAUAUGAGUGAAGAUAAAAACCAGACUGACUCCAGUAAUUGCAAUGAAAUUUUGAACGAAACAGCUGGAAUAGAAAAUUCAGAUGAUAGUAAACAUCAGAGUGACACGAGAGGAGAAGAUAGCGAUGAGAUUCAAAAAUCUAUUGAAAAGUGUGGCGAAACUCAAGCCUCCAGUGACAGCGAUACAUUUGUAAUCUCACCGCGGCGUGUUGCAUCUGAGCCAGUUGAAAAACGAAACAUAGAUAAACUUGCAGAACUUGAAGGCAUAAAUAAUGAAGAACAUUCCAACGACUCAAGCUAUUAUGAACACAAUGAAGAAGAAGAAGAAAAUGUUAACGAAGAAAACUCAAGCGAAAGUUUUGGUAAUUUACAUUGCUAA